CUAACUGAAAACUGCUUCCACCAUCGUCAACAUUUAUUCCUGCAACAACAAGCUACUCUAUAUAUUUUGCUGCUGCAUUUACCUUCAAAACGCAAAAAGCACAAUUCUAAUUUCUAAAUAUAUUUCGGAGAAAGCAAUAUAACCCAGACGGGUGCAGCACUGAAACAUGGCAACCCUUGCAUUGACAGCCUUUUUUCUGCUAUUCAUUUGGAACAUGGCGGCCACUUCAGAUGGGGCCUAUGACUAUGAUACCUCUAGCUAUACACAGUGUGAAAUAUACCCAGCAGCACCUCUGUACAAUGGAGGCAUACUUAUUAAUCCCAGUUUUGAAGAUGGAACCCACGGCUGGACUGAGUUAAUUGGGAAUUCAAAGUUGCAUAUAGAGACUCAAAAUAAUGGCAACAAGUAUAUUGUGGCAUCUAAUCGCCAAAUGACCUAUCAUUCCCCAUCACAGAAACUGCAAAAUCUUAGCCAAGAUGCAAAGUACACCCUUUCAGCGUGGGUGCAGAUCAGGGGAGCUGUAAACUCUGCUUUGGUGAAAGCAAGUGUGUCCAUGGAUGGUAAAACUUACAUUAGUGCUGGAAAUAUAAUGGCUAAAAAUGGAUGCUGGUCUUUCCUAAAGGGUGGUUUCGUUCCAGACUGGUCUCCCACUCAUUCUAAGCUCUACUUUGAGAGCAGCAAUAAGCAUGUUGAUAUCUUAGUUGAUAGCGUCUCCCUCCAACCGUUUACAGAUGAGCAAUGGCGUCUACAGCAAGAAGAAAGAAUUAGAACAAAAAGAAUGGGAAUAGUGAUUGUUCAUGUCACAGACGUUCAUGGCAACACGCUGGAAAAAGCCAACGUGGCAGUCAAGCAGAAAUCAAGGAGGUUUCCGUUGGGUUCUGCCAUAGCUCAGACCAUUCUUGGAAACGAACCGUACCAGAGAUGGUUUAAGAAGAGAUUCAACACUGCUGUAUUUGAAAACGAGUUAAAAUGGUACUUUACAGAGCCCCAACAGGGGAACCUCGAUUACAAGUUUGCAGACAAGAUGUUAGCCUGGUGCAAUGCAAACGGCAUUAAUGUUCGAGGGCACAAUAUUUUCUGGGAGGAUCCAAAAUAUAUCCCCUCCUGGGUUACCAAACUGAACAAUGAGGAAUUGCAGAAAGCAGUAAAUUAUAGAAUAAAAUCUGUGGUGGGCAGAUAUGCAGGAAAGUUUAUUAACUGGGACGUUAGCAAUGAGAUGCUGCAUUUCUCAUUUUACGAGGAUAGACUUGGCCCCAACGCUUCAUAUACCUUCUAUUUGGCAGCCCAGAGGCUCGACCCCCGGACACCCAUGUUCAUGAAUGACUAUAAUAUCAUCGAGACCAGUCAGGACCCUAACUCUACUGUAGAUGAAUACAUUGAAAUGCUUCGCAAGAUUAAACACUCUGGAAGAGUUAUGGAAGGAAUUGGACUUGAAAGCCAUUUCAGCAAACCAAAUUUACCAUACAUGAGAGCCGUUUUGGACAAAUUGGGCACUCUUGGCUUACCCAUUUGGCUUACAGAAGUUGAUGUUAACAGCAAUUUCGAUCAUCAAACACAGGCCACAUAUCUAGAGGAGAUAUUGAGAGAAGGAUUUGCUCAUCCUGCAGUGGAAGGAAUAGUAAUGUGGACUGCUCUUCACCCAUAUGGGUGCUAUAGAAUGUGUUUAACAGACUACAACAUGAGGAAUUUGCCAGCAGGAGAAACGGUUGACAGAUUACUAUUCCAGGAUUGGAUGACCAGUGUGCGAGGUGAGACCGAUAAAAAUGGUUCCAUCAACUUUCAAGGAUUUUUUGGGGAUUAUGACUUGUCUGUCUCUCUUAACGGGAAAACUGCUACACAAGCCAUGUCUGUAUAUCAAGGUGACGGAAUACAGCAUCUCUAUAUUCAGAUUUAGACUAAAUAACAUUGCUCUAUUCCCCCCACUUUUUUUUUUUUUUUUUGAGGUAUGGAGGUGAAAUAUUGCCCAUUUGUGAUGUUGGGUAGCUGUUGAUAUUGUAAUUAGUUUUACAAAGCACUGGAUUUAUGUAAUACGGUUGAGUUACUUUCAAGGUAUUGAGUGGAAGGAACUACUAGAUAAGGAUCUUUGUAGAUCAAAUUUAUAAUCAUAUUGGAUCAGCAAAGAAAUAAAUCUGCAAUCACAGUAAUUGUAACUGAUUGUUUGUCAUGUGACAGUUUCAACUAGUGAUGGAAUAAGUAGCAGCUAUGUAAAAGAAUUGUAGAUCAUGAGAUAAAAUAUAGGUAGUGUUUAUGAGGUUUU